CCCAGGGACAACAUGCUUCCUGGAAUCCUGUUUGUGUUGGCCAUCGCAGUGGCAUCAGGUUUUGACACCAGGCGACUGUUUCGCAAGAAACCGGCGACUCACGACUGCCUGGACGUGGCCAUUGUUGGAGGGGGGAUAGGUGGCACCUACACCGGAUGGAGAUUGCGACAGCGAGGCUUGAAUAUCGCCAUCUUUGAAAACACAGAUCGUGUCGGAGGUCGGAUGUUUAGCGUCUUCCUCCCUUCAGUGCCGAAUGUACCUGCUGAGUUGGGGGCGAUGCGAUACGUUCCGGGUGCGCACAGCACCCUGGAAAGUUUGUUUCCUCAACUUGACCUGCGCACGGAAGUGUUCCAGCCCGACAGUUUUAAAAAGCUAUUCUAUUUCCGGUCUACAAGACUAAGCGCCGAAGAGUUGGACAGUCCUAAGCUACCGUACAAUCUGGCACCAGGGGAAAGCAGGAACCCAGAUGAACUUUCCUGGACUUUCUCUCAGCGGGUGAUGAACGUCAGCAGACCGGAUCUGAUUCCGGACAUUGAAGAGGCGUAUACCCCGGAUGGAGUUCCAGUGUAUCAACAAGGGUGGACGGUUACAGCGCUGGCUCAGACGGUUACAGCGCUGGCUCAGGUGGUUAAAAUGCUGGCUCAGACGGUUAAAACACUGGCUCAGACGGUUACAAUGCUGGCUCAGACGGUUACAGCGCUGGCUCAGGUGGUUAAAACGUUGGCUCAGACGGUUAAAACGCUGGCUAAGACGGUUAAAACGCUGGCUCAGACGGUUAAAACACUGGCUCAGACGGUUACAGCGCUGGCGCAGGGGGUUAAAAUACUGGUUCAGACGGUUAAAAUGCUGGCUCAGACGGUUAAAAUGCUGGCUCAGACGGUUAAAACGCUGGCUCAGACGGUUACAGCGCUGGCUCAGGUGGUUAAAAUGCUGGCUCAGACGGUUAAAACGCUGGCUCAGACGGUUACAGCGCUGGCUCAGACGGUUACAGCGCUGGCUCAGGUGGUUAAAACGCUGGCUCAGACGGUUAAAACGCUGGCUCAGACGGUGAAGCCUCAAACAGUGUGUGCCAAGGCUGUGAUGAUGGCACUUCCGGCUCCAGCCAUGCAGAAAAUCCAUUGGUACCCUUUCCAGUUUGAUCCAUUAAUGAAGAUGGCAUUUGACGCCGUCACAGACUUCAGUGCAAUGAAGAUUUUCUUAGCAUAUCCGAACGCUUGGUGGGACGACUUCGGCGCGAAAAGUAAAGCGUACGUUACUGACAUACCUCUUCGGCAAGGCGCAGAAUUCGGGCGUUUCCGGAAUUCUUCGGGAGACGAAAGCGCCCUUAUGAUGGUGUCGUAUGCUGAUGGGGAAGUGAAUAACGAUUAUUGGCGGGAACUGAGGAAUUUCCGAGACACAGUUUCCUCCCCUGCGAUUCCCGCGAAAUUUUCCGGUGAAUCUAUGCCGCCAAAGUGCUGUCGUCUCUGA